AGCUCGGCGAGCCUGCUGAGCCCGAGGGAGUGAGGCCGGAGGGACCCGAGGCCACGGAGGGCGCUCAGGCGGCCCGAGAGCCAUGCGUUCUGCCUCUGCCUGGGAUGGAUCACAGAGACCCCGACUUAUGUGAGGACUACCAGUCCCCGUUUGACUUCGACACAGGAGUGAACAAAAGCUAUCUCUACCUGUCCCCUAGUGGGAAUUCAUCUCCACCCGGAUCACCUACUCCGAAAUUCGGUUUGCUGAGGACAGACGCAGUGCCUGAGGAAGGAGAAGAUGCUGCAGCCACGCUCAGCGCCACCGAGACGCUCUCGGAGGAGGAGCAGGACGAGCUGAGGAGAGAGCUGGCAAAGGUGGAAGAAGAAAUCCAGACUCUGUCUCAAGUGUUGGCAGCAAAGGAGAAGCAUCUAGCGGAGAUCAAGAGGAAACUGGGGAUCGGCUCCCUGCAGGAGCUGAAGCAGAACAUCGCCAAGGGGUGGCAGGAUGUGACGGCCACGUCCGCAUACAGGAAGACCUCCGAAACCUUAUCCCAGGCUGGACAGAAGGCUUCAGCGGCCUUUUCAUCUGUUGGCUCUGUUAUCACCAAAAAGCUGGAAGACGUAAAAUUGCAGGCCUUUCCGCACUCCUUUAGUAUACGCUCCAUUCAACAUUCAAUUAGCAUGCCUGCUAUGAGAAACUCCCCGACUUUCAAGUCAUUUGAAGAAAAAGUUGAAAACUUAAAGUCUAAAGUAGGGGGAACCAAGCCUACUGGCGGUGAUUUUGGAGAAGUCUUGAAUUCAACUGCAAAUGCUAGUGCCACCGCCACAGAGCCGCCUCCAGAACAGACACCGGAGAGCCUGUGAGAUUGCUACCUUUGUUCCACUACCCACUGCCAGAUGCUGCAAGCAAGAUCCAAGCACAUCGUGUCAACAUUCAUUGCUAUGGAUUUCUACCAGAUGUGCUUUUCUUUAGCUUUACAUAUUUCUUUGACCAAAUAGUUUGAGUUAAAAUGAAAAUAUCUUCGUCUCUACUCCUGGAAAACAUCCUCAAUGUGCAUUCAAGGCCCUUUAUUUAGGGAAGUACUAUUACACAGACACAGGUAGUACCUGGAGACACACGCUAGAAUGAUCUGAGAAGCUGCAGGUGAUCACAGUUGCUUUUUCUACUUUACAAAAUUGCUCUGCAUUGGAGAUGCUACUUGGAUCUCUCUUCUUGAUUUUUUUUUUUCCUUCUUUAAUGCUGUUUGAUUCUUAACUCAAAUUGUUUUGAAUUUUCUGAAUCUUGGUUAUUAAGUUUCUGUGCCAUUUUAUUUACAUUUAAGGGAAGAAUUUAUCAGCUACAAAAAAUUGUUUUUUAAUAAACAGUUUUUGUAUAAGGUACGUAUCUUGGGUGUGUGAAGAUAUCAGAAUGAACAACUUUAAAUCCAUUUGUUACAGUUGUGUGACAGUAUGUACAGUAAUUCUAACUACUGGGUGACUUGGGAGUGGGACCUCCCCAUAUCCUUGUUAACUGCCAUUUUGACUGUAACCAUUUUAUCAUACUUGUUAUUAUGUCACUUACAUUGAUUUUUGACAAUACUAAAUUUUUAAUUUCAGAGUAAGUGGACAGUUGACCAAAUAAUGAGCCAAGCAGGUUGAAAUAUGAGUGUGCUCAUCAACGUUAGUUCAGACACCUUAAGUGUUUUAGGUCUUGAUGGCUGUAAACAUGGUAAGAUCAAUCACAUUAGGGGAAGCAUUGCUGUCUCCAUUUAAUCCAUUUAGCACCUUUUAAAAUAGGCACACAGUUAUAUGACUGAUAUAACUUGAACGUUUUUAUACUGAGGUGUUGGUAACUCCUGAGGGUGUGAUUUAUUAAUAAAAAACAAUUCAUCAUUGUCUACUUGUUUGCAGUGUUAGAAAUGGUACUGUAGACACAGUUUCUAUUUUAAAAACUGGGUAUCCAGGCUAGUGAAUCAAAUCCUCUGCAUAGAGGCCAAGGUACUCUAAUAACUACUGACUUACCAUCACCACCAUUUCCUUAUGCUAUAUGUUUAUGGCCCACAAUGUUAUCUGUUAUUUAUCAAGUUGUGAUUGUUUUAUUGUUUAUGCCAAAUGUUAAUUGCCACGCUUGGGGUGACUUAAUGCAAUUUUUUUUUAAAGCAUGACUAGAUAAAUUCUUCUAAAAACCAAAUUUAAAAAUCUACAAUGUUGAUUGUUAUAAAAUGACAUGCUGCCAUUCUUGACUGCUAGAGCUUUUGUCAGCACUUUGGAUGCAACUGAAAUUAUGCUCAAUUACAUGUGCAAAGCUUAAUAAAUUCUGUAUAUCAGUAGUAUAGGUCUCAAUAUUUAUUAUGAGGCUAGUGGUCUGGAGAUAGUUUGUUUUGUAUUAAAGAGUCAUCUAGAGUCUAUACUUUAAAAACUAUUUUACUGUUUUUGUUUUGUCCCAGAUCUAUAGAAAUCUGUCAUUUUACUGUGGUUUUUAACAUAGCUGUUAAUUUUUCUACCAAGGAGAUUUUUUGUUUUUGUUCCAACAUCUUUUGUUAUAUUGUUUCUUGGGUGUCUUGUCCCGUUCCUGUCUUUCAACAAUGACAAUUUCUUUAGGUAAGAGAAGUAUCUUCAAAUCUUGUUUUCCACCAUAUGAAGAAAAAUGAUAAAAAUGGGAGUGAAAAGUGGGAUGGGUCUAGGCAGGCUGAGUAUUGGGAGUGGCUGUAAAAGAAAUGGGAAACUCCCUUUCUUAGAUACCUUCCUAAUUUGACUAUUGUUUAUUAUACAGUACUCUGCUCUUAGAAGUAAAAAGAGGAUGAAUUCAGAAAAUACACACAGACUUAAUAUUCCCAGUGUUCUUUGUGGCAGAUAUGGUAUUAGGAAUUCAGGUAUUUUGGAAAUUUGAAGCAGUGAUUAGAACUAUCAGAAAGCAAACCUAGCUACUCACAGGAGAGAGAAAUCUGAUAUUUAUGGAAUCUCAGAUAUUUAAGGACUCAAAAAGUAUAGUAGAAGAAAAUACCUCUUUACACAAAGCAGUGUCCUCAUGGAGUUUGUGGGAAAUAAGCUUGAGGUCAAAGUAAUCAACUGGAUUAUCCCAGCAACUCAAAUUAUUGAAGUAACACGUUUAAUUUGGAUCAUUUGUAGAUCUGUUAAGAUAUACCUGGUAUAUUUUUUGUAUAGUAUUUUAAAGGAAUAAAAAUUCUAUAAUUUG